CUGUAUCUAAUGCAAAAGCAUGGAAGAUGCAAAUGUAGGAGUAUUUUCUUUUCUUGUUAAUAUAUCAGUAAAGGAGUGACUACAAUCAGUUUGAAAGUACAAUCUUCACUGCCAGCAGAGAAAAUUAAUCACCUUCUCUGUCAUCUACAACUAAGGCACAAUCCUUUGUUAAAAUAUGGAUUUCCUUAAAGCUGCCAUUGUUGAAUAUUUUGUUAUACAAGUUUUGAUCCAAGACAUCUCAUGCGAAACAUGGCAAGUAUACCUGCCACAAAAAGUAAUUGGAAUUCAAGGUUCAUGCGUUGUGAUUCCUUGCACAUUUAACUACCCUGGUGUGGAGAAGCAGUCCAAUGACAUUACUAUUUUGUGGUAUAAAGACAAUGAAAAUUCACAGCAAUAUACUGAAAUUUACCAUAGCAAGAAUAAUUUGAUUUCACUGGCUGAUAGCUAUAUUUUGGUUGGAGAUUCAGGAAAGAAGAACUGUUCUUUGAAGAUUACAAAGCUCCAAAAGAAAGAUGAAGAACAUUAUCAUCUCCGGGUUGAAAUUGCACAGUUGGGUGCUUUUUCUUUUAUUAAACAGACUGCAUAUGUGUCUGUCAGUGGUAAGAAUUUAUCACAUUUAAGUUUUUGA